CCAUUCAUAAUCGUUUUUUUUUUUAAUUCUCAAAAUUUCACAUACUUUACAUGUGUUAUUCUAUUACGGGGAUAAUCAUAUAGUGCCUCAUUCGUUUACGAUUGAUACCUAAUUUCAUUCGCAAAAUUGGCGGAUUUGGGCGACAGACAACACAUGCAGUGAGUGACUCGCUUGGCUGUCGCAUCACAGUUCUAGCAUCCAUUCCUGCAUCAUGCACUGGUGUCUUCCUUUCCGAUUUCUUCUAACAUUACUAUCGUCAAUCUUGGCACUAGGAGACUCUGGAUCUGCACAACUUGAUGGUACUCCACCUUCAAAAAUAGCCAUUGUAGGCGCUGGGAUAGGCGGGACCGCCACAGCGCAUUUUCUAAGGCAGCACUUCGGGCCAGAAGUGCACAUUGAUGUGUUCGAAAAGGGAACAGUCGGAGGGCGCCUGGCCACAGUCACCGUGAACCAUCAGGACUAUGAGUCCGGGGGCUCCAUUAUCCACUCCCUAAACCUGCACAUGCAGGACUUUGUCAAGCAACUGGGUCUUAAGUAUCGUAAGAAUGUGGCAGGGAAGACGGCUGUGUUUAACGGGGAAGAGUUCAUCCUGGAGGAGACUGACUGGUACCUGCUGGAUCUGUUCCGCCUGUGGUGGCGCUAUGGCAUCAGCUUCAUCCGCCUGCAGAUGUGGGUGGAGGAGAUCAUGGAGAAGUUCAUGAGGAUUUAUAAGUACCAGGCCCAUGGCUAUGCCUUCAGUUCAGUGGAGGAGCUGCUGCACUCUCUGGGCGGGUCAGGGUUCCUGAAUAUGACUCGCUGCUCUCUCUCUGAGUCUCUGCUGGAGCUGGGGGUGUCACAACGCUUCAUUGACGAAGUCAUCGCCCCCGUCAUGAGGGUCAAUUACGGACAGAAUAUCAGCAUCCCAGCUUUUGUCGGUGCCGUGUCAUUGGCAGGUGCACAGGCCAACCUGUGGGCAGUGGAGGGAGGGAACAAGCUGGUUUGCUCUGGGCUGUUAAAACUGGCUAAGGCCAACGUUAUCCAGGCCCAGGUCACAACCAUCUCCCCCCAUGCAGCUGGAGAGUCUACCCAGUACCAGCUCAACUAUGCCACUCUGACUGAGAAAGGAUCUGAGUUCUAUGACAUUGUGGUGGUGGCGACUCCCCUGCAGUCCAGUGUGGGCUCAGGUAUCUCCUUCCAGGGCUUUGAGCCUCAGCUGCCUGAUAUCGCUGGUUCCUACCACCACACAGUGGCCUCCAUCGUUCACGGCUACCUCAACUGCUCCUACUUUGGCUUCCCAGACCCCAAGCUCUUCCCCUUUGCUAGUGUUCUCACCACAGACUCACCAGGACUCUUCUUCAACAGUGCUGCUAGCAUCUGUCCCGUCAACAUCAGCACUGGAUUCCGCCGCAAGCAGCCCCAGGAGGCUGGUGUUUACAAGGUAUUCUCCCCCCAACCCUUAGAUAAGCCAGCGCUGAAGACACUGUUCAGGUCCUACUACUCUGUGCAGGUGACGGACUGGCAGGCUUACCCACGUUAUGGGAGCACCCAGGAGCUGCCGCCAGUUGUCCUUCACGAGAGCCUGUACUACCUCAAUGGCAUCGAGUGGGCUGGCAGCGCCAUGGAAAUGAGCUCAGUGGCAGCCAAAAACAUUGCUCUGCUGGCCUACCACCGCUGGACCAGGCAGCUGGAGAUGGUCGACCAGAAAGACCUGAUGCACAAGAUCAAGACUGAGCUGUGACACGCCAACUCCGCAGACUCAGGCUCCGCCGGCUAGCUGCGGGGAUUGUUUCUAUGGAACCUUGCUGAAAGAUGUUGUAGCAUGAUGCCUCACCCUAAGGAAUUGUGUUUUAUUAAGUUACUGCUGCUGCUGGCUGCAAUGCAAAAUAAAAACAUGUUUUAAUUUAAUGCCACGUUGCAUUCCAUGGAAAGUGGUUCAUUCUCAGCUGUUUGACUUGAUAUUUCAUGGGGCGGCAGAGUAGCCUAGUGGUUAGAGCGUUGGACUAGUAACCGGAAGGUUGCAAGUUCAAAUCUCCGGGCAGACAAGGUACAAAUCUGUCAUUCUGCCCCUGAACAGGCAAUUAUAACCCACUGUUCCUAGGCCGUCAUUGAAAAUAAGAAUUUGUUCUUAACUGACUUACCUAAAUAAAGGUAAAGUUAAAUAUGUAAAUAAUAUGGACUUUAUUCAAGCAUUCUGAUAAUCAAAUACAAUAUGGUUAGAAUUGAUUUACUUAACUAAACUACUGUCAAUAAUGCACUGAUUAAAGGUCAGUUUUAAUAAUUGCUUUUAUUUCUUCAUGAGUUCAAGUAAUAACAAACUGAUUGUACACACGUGUUUGCCUGAUAAGAAAUUAAAAUGGUUGUUCUUAAUUGUU